AAGAAACCGAACUGCGAGUACUUUUUUGCCUGCCUCAACCCCGUGAUCCUGGAUCGGUCGUGCGCCAAGUUGCGCAAGGUUCGCCGCGAAAAGGUCCGGGAGAUGCUGUUUUUCGCGAUCGCUCGGUACUUCUGGUUAAACAACAGUUCUUUCACCACCGGCCUCUCGGCGCUUUCUUCCAGCCCAGAAGUGGAGGAGCCCUGCAAGAAGAACUCAAUUGACCGGGACCUGGUGUGGAAGGUGACGGGUACGAAAACCUUUCUGGAAAUCGUGGAGCGCUUUCCGGUACGGGAUUUUGCAAAAGUAAUAGCCAUGGUACUAGGUGGUGGUGAAAAUUGAUAAAUGUACUAUCUACCUCACAAGUUUUUGAUCAUCAAGUUCUUGGAAAGUGAAAUUUGUCGACAAACUGAGAGUCAGGUACGGCAAAAGAAAGUUGUCAUGUCGCAUGAGAGUAGCCACUACUAGUACCAUUGCGCUACAACUUUUGCACAGUAAACCCGGGGCUGUUCCAAGAACAAGAGCGCACACAAGAACUUCAUGCGGCAAGAUUUUCUGCGGCCCGCAGAUCAUCUGCUAGUUGUAUCAAAACGGAGACAGUCGACGCCAUUUUGUAUCAGCUCCUGUACUAUGCGUUACAAAUAUGAUGUCUGGGUCCUCGUCCGGAAACUUGUGAUGUUGAGCCUUGGAGGAUGGAACCGCGUCCAAGUUAUUCUGUCAAGCGUCACUAGUUUUUUUAUCGAGUGUAGUAUUUUUCGUACAUAGCAUGGUACGUAUUACAACACAAGAGUCGCGUGUGCUGCUGAUGCAGUACAGAUUUUGCAGAAAAAAUGGAAAUCAAGCGUAAGAAGUUCCUCCGUUCCAGACCCACACACAUUGCGAAAUCCAUAUGCACGAAAAGCCGACGAAUUUGGCCCAGGCGAUGCAGUUUGCGUUCAAAGUGAGUUCUUUGUCCUGGCACUGUACUACCACGAUUCCCGCGCCGCGGCCGUCAAACAACGUGGCACACGACGAGAGCAGCCUUUCGCCGUCCUCGCAAAAUCUUCACCUCUCCAGUCCUUUGUUGCCCCGGAGUCGGUUCGCCUUGCGCACGUUUCUGGAGCGGAUUCUAGAGUUGAAAUCCGAGUUUUUGCUCAAGGACUUCCUCUUGCAGGUGACGCGACUGGACGUGGCGUUUCAUGACAUCACGGCAGUUUCUUUCGAUGGAAAAGCUUCGACUGAGGAUUUUCUUCACGAGCACGAUCACAGCGCAAAAAUGGCUGCUCUGGCAGAUGCACAAAGAACUUCUAUACCCUCGUUGUACUCCACCUCUCCGUUGCUGGCCGAGGCACUGCAAAUGUGCGGCUGCGCGGACACAGAAGCGUCUGAGCCCUCGCCGCUCGUCACGCGGAGGUGCCCUGUCACGGGCUACCCCACUGCAGGGGGCGUUGCCGGAAGCGUUGUGCACGUGGCCUGGGCAAAAGCGACGAUUGGAAAGAUCAUUGGCGCGGGCGAGCAGGGAGCACAUAAACCGUGGGGGCACGACCAUUUUGACGCGCCUGGUACAAGGGGACUUAACCCGGUGGAGUACCAUGGUACAAAGUCGCGCUUGGCUGACGACGAACCUUUGCAGGAACAGGCGACUUUUGGUUCUCUCUUCGAAAAUCAGACAAUACACGGUGUCGACAGGACAACGUCAACGACGGCGACCAAGACGACCACAGGCGGAACCAACGAGGACACGGUCAGAGCACGAGCAGUGCGUCACGAGAUGACUAGUGGUGUCGGUCUCUCCCCACCAGCACGAGGACCUAUGCAUUGCAAACAUGAUUGGGUCUGGCUCUGGAAUAGAGUUGUGGUGCUGCCGCGUGCAGCUGCUCGCAUCGAAGAGGUGGAGCUGCUUGCGUGGUAUCUAAACAGCAUCACAAGUUUCUCGAACUUUUUUAUAAGCAGAUUCAUUCGUAAUCGUAAUCGUAAAACGUACGAAAGGCUGGCUUCCAGCACGACAAAAAAUUGGCGGCUCGUGUUCGAGCAUCACAGUAGAUCUUCUUGUCCUUCAACUUUCGCAUCACAGAUCCAGACCCAAACAUGUUUCCGAUGCAUACGACCCGAACAAUCGUUGUUCCAGCUGCCCUCUUGGCCGUCCACGCACGUCCGCGAGGAUUCUUCGGCCGGAGACAUGAGGCAGAUGGAGCCUACUAGGUCGUCGUGCACAUCAGGGGGAAGAAGAACUGCGCCUGCAAGCAGCCACUCCGAAGAUUAUAUUCAACCGUCCUCCUCCUGGUCGUGCCCUCCAGCGUCUGCGCCACAGCAUGCUGACGAAGAUGUAAUUGACACGAGCGGGUUCGGGUUGUCGGCGAGCAGUAGCAAUGAUUGCGGUAGGAAAGGACGGUGGACAACGCCGGGAAGAAGUAGUGGGGGAGCCGCGCCGACAUUCAUUUCCCACGAGUGCGAACGGGAGCGACGGCAGCUAGAAGCGUACGAUCGGAAGCGUCAAGUUUCGCUCCGCCUACUCGACGGCGCCGACGGCGAAAUCAAGAUCCCCUACGGGUUUUCGACCGCUGUGGACGUAGGUGUGACCACGGGCCAGCAGUUGCACGACCAGCCGGGAACGACUGAGGCGGGGUUUCUUGAUUCACCCGAUGGAAAACGUAGUAAUACCCCGCCGGCGCUCUUAUGGGGUUUACGACCGUGGGAAAACGCCGCGCCCUUUUUGUGUUCGCAGAGUCGUUCUAAGCCAGCACCAGCACAAACAACCUAUGCGACAUCUACUUCCACCUUGUGCAGCAGCGAGACUGCGGAGAAAACGCGUCCUGGGGAAGCGGCCGAGAAGACGGCUUCAAGCAGCACAAGCACCUCGUUUCUUUCCGACGACCGGAUCUAUUGGAUCGAUUCCGCGCGCUAUCCGAGUGCACAACUUGUCCCCCUGCUUCCCCUGCUCAAACAGUUCUUGGCAGUCGAUAUUCUAAAAUAUCCAGUUGCAGCUGCCCUUUGGCGUAGUUGUAGAUAGUGUUCUUGACAAUUCAUCUCGUCCGGUGGAAGUAGGCCAAACAGUAGGUGGACACACGGAGGCGUAAAAGUAUUAACUUGAUUUCGUGCCGAGCCAGGCACAGGCUCCUUGUCCUUAAUAUUCACUGGGGUUUCUAUCGCUGUUGAUCAUGCCCUUCCAAUUGUGUAUACGGUUGACGGGGAGUACUAGUUGUGCCAUCUCAUACGCGCCAGCUGGCCGAGGUGCGGCGGAUCUUGCAGACCGACAUCGAGGAGGAGCUUCGGGAAAGGGACAGGCUGAAGCACGCGCAGGUUCUUGCGGAUAGGAGAAGAACAGUAGAACGACACGAUGGUGAAGAUCGAGAGCUGCAAGGCGCCGCAUCUUCUGAACACCUCCCCAUCGUGGCGUUCGGCUACCAAGCAUCGUUUGAUUCCCCGAUGUCGGUGCUGACCGUGGCCACGCCGCGGCACUGCUUCCUGUUCGACAUGCUGAACCACCAGGAGUCGCAACUCUACGCCGAUCUGGUGGUGCACGUUUUCGAAAAAGACGUGAUGCAGGGGGCGAUUUUGUCCAAAACAGGAGCGGCUGCUACUGCCGUAGCCACGAGGACGACCGGAGCAACUGAUAACAUUCGUAAGUUGCCCAAGGUGUGCUUCGGGUUCGGGAACUUCUUGCUGCGCUGGAACUUUUUCCGGCACAGCAGUCGUGGAAACAGCUACACCUCGUCGUUUCCGGACCUGCACCAAGACGGUGGAGGUGAGUCCUCCACUGCGUCGCGAUUUGCAACUGCGCGCAACAAGUUCUCGAGUGUGAUUGACUUGCAGGGCCAACGGAUCCAGCGAAUCUUUGUUCCGGAAGGGGAUCUGCGCACAAGCUCCGAAGAGGCAGAUCUGGUCGCGGCAAAGGCACUGCAAGCGACGCAGGAAGGCUUGCUUUCUGUGAAGGGGGAAGCAAGUAGAGGCCCUAGGACAUCUGCUCAGCGUCCUGCUACCGCGGUUGUGGCCGAUCAUCAAACUAAUAUCGCAUCUACUGGGCCCAUGCAUUGCAAAUAUGUCUGGGUCUGGAGAGUCGUCAUGCCAAUGCGUGCAUGACAAAGAGAAAGAGUAGCUUCAGGAGCUUGCUAAGGAUGAGACACUCUUGGACGAUCGUGUGGUUCGUAAAGCGCAAGAGAAGCCGGUACGUUUUUUCAUGAGGAAGGACCAGUGGCAUUGCGUGACAUGCUAUAUUUACAGAGUUGUCUGGGACGAGCUGUAAGGAACUUUUGUAUUACAAAUCGCUUCUAGACCUAGACAUGUUUGCGUUCGAUAGUGCCGUGCACAACCCAGUCCCUGCUGAUCAACGCAGCUCCGAUAUCCUGAGUAAAAACGUUCCCUCCUCCCCAGAAUGGUCAUGCAAGAAAUCUGCAUGUUUUUAGAUGUUACUCAGACGCAGUCCCAUGAGAAGCAGUUUCUAGUGAUAGUUUAGAAUGUGGCAUGCUAGAACCGCAACAUCCUCCUUUUCGAUUUCUCAUGUGUCUCUCACACCAGCGAAGCUCGACAACAAAUCGAGCCCAAAGUCUUCAUGCGCAACACGCAGAACUUGUUGGUUUGUGUGGCGCAUGAAAACAGAACGGUACGCGCUAUCUUGGCUCUCGGGCCCCGUCCUCGUGGCUUUUGGUUUUACUCAGGAUACCCGAGCGUGAAGAUGUUGCAGAAAAGGUUUGGGCUAGAUGGAAUAAGCGAUACCUACGCGGGGCGCACGGGCGGCUAUUCGGCGCCGGACGAGCAAGACUUCAGCAAUUCAAACUGGAACUACCGGCCCCUGCACCAGGAGCAGGUCCGGUUUGCCGCGAAGCAGACGCAUCAGCUGCUCCGGUUGGAGAAGAAGUUGCGGCAGAAAAAUUGCUUCCCGUGCAAACAAUUCUCGCUGGAGAGAUAGAAACAUGGUUUCUUUUUUGUGUUGGAGCUACGGACGAUGCGAAGUACUGCUUUGUUUAGCAUUUAGUUGUUGUUCAAGCUGCAAAAGCUGCAGCUGCUCUCCCCCGCGCCGGAGCUCGCAGAGGUAACAUUCAGAAAAACAUGAUUUUUUCAGUUGUCCCUCGACUACAACGCAUGUCCUUUUCCCCUCGACCAGCAAUGAGAUUUGAAG